AUGGUGAGCAUUGUAUCUGAUUUGGCAAAGUCAAAUCUGGAGAAAUUGAUUAAUGCAACAGUAGAACAAUCACGUUAUAUUUGUUGCUUCACAUGCAUUAUUGAUAACUUUGAAAAGGAAAGGGAAAAUUUGAAAGCAAAAAAUAAAACAUUGGAAGAGUCUGCUAGAGUGGCAACUAGAAGAGGUGAUAACAUACGAAAAGAUGUCACACAUUGGCAAAAGCAAGCUAAAGAACUUAUUGAAGAAGACACCAAAAAGAAAGUGACAUGUUUCUUUGGAUGGUGUCCUAACUGCAAAUGGCAAUAUAGUAGGGGGAAGGAAUUGGAAAGUAAGACAAAGGAGAUUAGAAGACUUGUUGAACGCAACUUUGAAAAUGUUGGAAUCAGUCGUGAUGACAACAACUAUAUUUCAUUGGAAAGUAGAAAGUUGAAAUUUGAAGAACUUUUUAAUGCCUUGAAAGAUGACAACAACUAUAUGAUUGGAUUGCAAGGGAUGGGGGGCACAGGAAAAACAACAUUAGUAAUAGAGGUGGGUAAGGAGCUUAAGAAGUCAAAAUGUUAUAAUCAAGUAAUUGAUACUACAAUAUCUAAUACCCCUGAUAUAACAAAGAUUCAAGAUGAUAUUGCAGGACCAUUAGGACUGCCAUUGAAGGAUUUUAACGAAUCAGAGAGGCCUAAAAAGUUGAAGGAUAGAUUAACCAAUGGUGAAAAAAUUAUUCUGAUUCUAGAUGAUGUGUGGGGAGAUAUCAAUUUUGAAGAAAUAGGUAUUCCAUUUAAGGGCAACCAUAACAAUUGUAGAAUUCUUGUAAUAACCCGCAAUAUGAAGAUAUGCCAACAAAUGGACUGUGACAAGACAAUUGAACUUCAUAUCUUACCUGAGAAAGAGGGAUGGAUAUUGUUCCAAAAGUAUGCUGGUUUAAGUGAUAAUUCCUCUAAAAGUAUUCUUGAUAGAGGUCGCAAAAUUUCGAAAGAGUGUAAAGGAUUGCCAAUUGCAAUUGCUUUUAUUGCUCGUAGUUUAAAGGGUCCACGACCUCUGGAAGAAUGGGAUGUAGCCUUAAAAUCCUUACAAAAGUCCAUGCACGUACAUGAUAAUGAAGAUGAAAGUCGGAAAAAAGUUUAUACAUGUCUAAAGUAUAGUUAUGACAAUAUGAAGGAUGAAACAGCUAAGAAAUUGUUCCUUUUAUGUUCUUUGUUUCGAGAAGAUGAAGAAAUAUCUGAAGAACUUUUAGUCAGACUUGCUAAAGGAGCAACUCUCAUUGAGAAAAUUGAUGACGAUGACAGUUACGACGAAUGUCGUAAGAAAGUUAUUGUAGCAAAAAAUAAACUCAUAGAUUCAUGUUUACUUUUGAAUUGUAAAUAUGAAAGAGUAAAAAUGUAUGACUUGGUUCGUGAAAUGGCUUUGUGGAUAGCUAACGAGGAGAUUGUGGCAGUGAAUACAUCUAAGAAGAAUGAAAUGAAAAAGGUUGAAAAGGGGAAGGAUAUUAAAUAUUUAUUAUAUGAAGGAGAAAUCAAUGGUUUGUUUUACUCCAAGUUUGAUAGAUCUAAACUUGUUAUUCUUAUUGUCUACACGAAUAAAUAUGGUGAUGUGGAGGUCCCAAAUUCAUUCUUUGAAAACAUAGAAGGGCUUCAAGUUUUGAUUUUAUCAAAUACUUACUUUGAAUUAUAUCGACUUACAAGCACACCAAGUUUAUCAUUUCCUCAGUCAAUUCAAAGGUUGACCAAUAUGAAAUCUUUAUACCUCAAAAAAUUCAAAUUAGGUGACAUCUCGAUUAUUGGAAACCUACAGGCCCUUGAGACUCUCGAGUUGGUUGAAUGUAUGAUGAAUAAAUUGCCUAGGGAGAUUGGAAAACUGGUGAAUCUUAAAUUAUUGAAGUUGAAUUAUUGUCAUUUUGAAAGCAGCAAUGUAUUUGAAGUGAUUAGAAGUUGUUCUUCAUUGGAAGAGUUGCAUUUAGUAACCACUGAUGAUAAUAAAAUUUUUAAAGAUUGCCAUCUACAGCUUCCUAACUAUCAAAGGUUUUGUAUAGGGGAACAUAGCGUCUCGGAAAAUUUUUACCUUGAAUGGCUUUUAAGGAAUUCCCUGCAUGUGGAUAACGCUAUGAAAAUUUUUUCUCAGGAGACAUUGAAGAAUCUAGUUCAAAGAGCAGAAAUUCUUAGAUUAAGUGGACCUCUAGGAGUAUGGAAAAAUCUCAUACCUGAUAUUAUUUUUCCUGAAGAUGAAUCUACGAGCAAUCUAAUGGAGAUUGCAUUGGCAGAUAAUUCACAACUCACAUGCCUAAUUGACAAUAAUGAUUCUCUUGUGCAAAGUGCCUUAUCCAGGCGCAUUGUUUAA